UAUAUAUUUUGACUUUUGGUGAGUUUCACACUUCAUAGCUCCCAUUUUUUUUAGGUAUGAGUUAGCUUGCAAUUUGGUAAGUCUCGGUAGCCUAUCUGCAAUAACCACCAAAAAACCUUUCUAAAAAAGUAGCACAAAACUGUUGGUUGUUUAUAUAUUUUUUUAUUUAAUUUUCUUUUCUUCUAUAAGAAUGGGCAUAAUAAGAUAUAUAACCCAACAAAUCUCUUGUAACCACUUAAUACAUUAUUUAGCUACGUACCAUUCUUAAAUAUACUAUUUGUUAUAAUAGAUUAAAAUAACAUUAAAUUGAGGAUAAAUACACAGAUAAUAUGUACAUAUAAUAUACAUAUAAUUACUCAAUUCAAUCACACCCUUGUUAACCUCUCAAAUUUCCCACUAAUUAAUGUCUCGAAUCGUGGCCGAUAAUAGUAUAUCGCCGGCCAGAGACGCCUAUUUCACCAUGGAACUCAACAACAGCCACCACAACCGAGGUGGCUCCACUGAAUCACCGACCUUGGGCCAGCUCCUUAAGCGAGUCGGAGAUGUACGGAAGGAAGCCACCGGCGAUGGUGGUGAGACUCCAGUUCACCAGGUGCUUGAGCUAGGUGACGUCAGUAUGGAACCUCGUUCGUUGCCGUUCGUUCUUAAUUUCAAUAAUCUCACUUACUGUGUUAAGGUUCCAAGAAAGUUGAGCUUUUCCUCUGUCUUCUCUCGUCGGAGGGAUCUUCUUGGGGCGCCGGCUGAUUCUGUUGCUGGGGAUACUCUGUUCACGAAAACCAAGACUCUUCUCAAUAACAUCUCGGGUGAAGCUCGUGACGGCGAGAUACUCGCAGUUCUCGGCGCUAGUGGCUCUGGUAAAUCAACUCUGAUCGAUGCCUUAGCUAAUCGAAUAGCCAAAGGAAGCUUGAAAGGGACAGUUACGUUAAACAGAGAGAUUUUGGAGUCUCGUCUCCUGAAAGUGAUUUCAGCUUACGUGAUGCAAGAUGAUCUCCUUUUCCCGAUGUUGACAGUGGAAGAAACUCUCAUGUUCGCCGCCGAGUUUCGUCUCCCACGAACACUCUCCAAAUCAAAGAAGAAGAUGCGUGUUCAGGCCUUGAUCGAUCAAUUAGGUCUCAGAAAUGCAGCCAAGACAGUAAUUGGAGACGAAGGUCACCGUGGAGUCUCCGGCGGUGAACGCCGUCGUGUAUCUAUCGGAAUUGACAUAAUUCACGACCCAAUCCUCCUCUUCCUCGACGAACCAACCUCUGGUCUUGAUUCCACCAGUGCUUACAUGGUUGUGAAGGUCCUCCAGAGAAUCGCCCAAAGCGGAAGCCUAGUCAUCAUGUCUGUACACCAGCCGAGUUACAGAAUCCUCGGCCUCCUCGACCGUUUGAUCUUCCUCUCCAGAGGCCAAACAGUCUACAGCGGUUCCCCAACAAACCUUCCCGGUUACUUCGCCGAGUUCGGAAACCCCAUUCCGGAAAAUGAAAAUCGGACAGAGUUCGCUCUAGACCUAAUCCGCGAACUCGAGGGAUCACCAGGAGGAACCAAAGCCUUAGUCGAGUUCAACAAGUCAUGGGAAUCAAAGAAAAACUUAAUCCGCACAUCCGAUCCGGCCGUAACAGACGACAAAUUACAACCGCUAUCUUUAAAAGAAGCCAUAAGCGCGAGCAUUUCAAGGGGGAAAUUGGUAUCAGGAGCAACAACAAACAGUGUCACUGUAGACCCAAGCUCGAACUCAAUGGUUCCAACCUUCGCAAACCCAGUGUGGACUGAGAUGGCAGUAUUAUCAAGGCGGUCGAUUAUGAACUCGCGGCGAAUGCCAGAACUUUUCGGGAUCCGUUUAGGUGCAGUUAUGGUAACCGGAUUCAUACUCGCCACCAUGUUCUGGCAGCUCGACAAUUCCCCUAAAGGUAUCCAAGAACGUUUAGGCUUCUUCGCCUUCGCCAUGUCCACCACAUUUUACACGUGCGCCGAUGCUUUACCAGUCUUUCUCCAAGAACGUUACAUCUUCAUGAGAGAAACAGCCUAUAACGCCUACCGUAGAUCAUCCUACGUCCUCUCACACUCGAUCGUAGCCCUCCCGAGCUUAGUUUUCCUCUCCUUAGCUUUCUCGGCAACCACCUUUUGGGCCGUGGGCCUUGACGGUGGGCUUGCCGGCUUCUUCUUUUACUUUUUUAUAAUCUUGGCCUCCUUUUGGGCCGGAAGCUCUUUCGUCACCUUCCUUUCUGGUGUGGUUCCUCACGUGAUGUUAGGCUACACCAUUGUCGUAGCCAUCUUAGCUUACUUCCUCCUCUUCAGUGGCUUCUUCAUAAACCGAGACCGAAUCCCACCCUACUGGAUUUGGUUCCAUUAUCUCUCUUUGGUUAAAUAUCCGUACGAAGCAGUUUUGCAAAACGAGUUUGAGGACCCUGUCAAGUGUUUCGUUAGAGGAGUCCAGAUUUUUGAUAAUAGCCCACUGGGAAAGGUCCCGGACGCCAUGAAAGUGAAAUUGUUGGAUAGUUUGAGUCAGACUCUUGGGAUGAGGAUAACACAAUCAACAUGUUUGACCACUGGGGUUGACAUUUUGGAUCAGCAAGGGGUUACUGAUCUGAGUAAGUGGAGUUGCUUGUGGGUGACUGUAGCCUGGGGUUUCUUAUUCAGGAUUUUGUUUUACUUUUCCUUACUGAUCGGAAGCAAGAAUAAGAGAAGGUAAACAAUCCAUGGAGGAGGACGAUAAAGAUUGAAGUGGCCUGUUUUGGCGCGGGAGUUUAUUAUUUGUAUUUUAUUUUUUAUUUUGUUUUUCUCAUAUAAAUAAUACUUUAAUUAAAAUUCUACUUAUUAAUUUACAAAAUAUUUGUGUAGUGAUGCCUUGAUCAUCAUCAUCAUCAUGGGGUUGAGUUUGCUACAUCUCCAGAUGUAAAACUGUUUCAUAUCAAAUUGUUUUUCGUUUUUACUCAAAAA